AUGGAGGAUUCUCGUAAGGGUAAGGAUCAACAAAAGCAAGGGGACGACGGGAUCAAGUACCGGGGAGUGCGCCGUCGACCAUGGGGUAAAUACGCUGCCGAGAUUCGAGACCCCUCAAAGAACGGAGCCAGACAAUGGCUCGGCACGUACGACACCGCCGAGGAUGCAGCUAGGGCUUAUGAUCGGAUGGCAUUUCACUUGAAAGGCCAUCUUGCUAGCUUGAAUUUCCCUGGUGAAUAUUAUGCUCGUGUCAUGGGUUCUCCUCCUCACCCUCCUCACUUCUUUCCUUCUUCUGCUCCCAUCAAUCGAGGUUUCGACACCGGAGACGCUGGAUCCUCGUCUUCUAACCCUGAUCCACACCAAGUUAUCGUGCUCGAGUAUCUGGACGGCCGAGUUUUGGAUGACCUUCUUGCACAAGAGGAGAAAAAGAAGAAGAAGAACAGCAUAUAAUU